AUGUCUGGCAACUUGGGGACAGUGACCUGGACCCUGUUCCUCCUCCUCCUUGCACCUGGCUGGGUAGAACCGCAGGCCUGCACGUAUCCAUGCCAGUGUCCCUCCCAGCCUCUGCAGUGCCCCCCUGGCACCAGCCAUGUGUUGGAUGCCUGUGGUUGCUGCAAGGUGUGUGCCAGGCAGCUUGGCGAGCUCUGUUCCCUGCAGAAACCCUGUGAUCAUCACAAGGGACUCUACUGCGACUUCUCCAAAAUCCACAGAGGCAGCGGGAUCUGCUUAGCUCACGAGGGCGCGACUUGUGACCUGCUGGGCAAGAUCUACCACAACGGAGAGAGCUUCCAGCCCACCUGCAAGCUGCAGUGCAUCUGCAUGGACGGGGCCAUCGGCUGCAUCCCGCUCUGCUCCGACGACCUGCGGCUGCCGUCCCCUGAGUGCCCCAACCCGCGGCGGGUGAAGUUCCACAAUAAGUGCUGCGAAGAGUGGAUCUGCGAGGAGGGCAGUGAGGAAAACCGCUUCGAAACAGCCAUGGCGGUUUUCAGGGAGGAUCCAGCACACAAGCCGGAGCUGAAUAACCUGCAGGAGAACUGCUUGGUGCAGACCACCGAGUGGAGUGCUUGCUCUAAGAGCUGCGGCAUGGGCAUCUCUGCCCGAGUAACCAACGACAACCCCCAGUGCCGCCUGGAGAAGGAGACCCGGCUCUGCAUGGUCCGGCCCUGCGACUUCCCCAUGGAGAAAACCAAGAAGGGGAAGAAGUGUGUGCGGACCCCAAAGCCACGCCAGAGCCUCCACUUUGAGUUUUCGGGCUGCACCAGCACCCGUUCCUACCGGCCCAAGUUCUGCGGCAGCUGCACGGACGGCCGCUGCUGCACCCCAUACGUCACCAGCACCGUGGAAGUGGAGUUCCGCUGCCCCGAGGGGGACUUCUUCCAGCGGAAGAUGAUGUUCAUCAAGGUGUGCUCCUGCCACUACGACUGCCCCCGAGACAAUGACAUCUUUCUGGCCACCUAUCACAGGAGGAUGAUUGGAGACCACGUCAAGACAGAGAGGCAGUAGCCCUCUCUGUGCCAGAUCCACAGGCCAAGGUGUCAAGAGGGCUCUGCAGCGCUUUCGUGGCUGUGUCCCAGGUCAAUGCAGCCUCUUCCCCCUCUGUGAGGGGCUGUGCUCUUCGGAACAGCACCGUUUGCCACCAGUGGUCCCAGUGGCCUUCCUAACAAGCCAAGGUGCAUGGGGGCACAGCCCCAUCUGUUCCAGGCUCCUGACCUUCACCCGUGGUGGUGCAAAGGUCAGUGAAGGAACCAGAAACAGGCUUGAGCCGCAAACUUGAUCCAUGUUCCCACUGGUGGGAGAGUGGAUCAAAGCCGCGUGGCUCCAGCCUGUGUCCAGCUGAGAGCACAGCGGGUAUGAUUCCCCGUGGCCACUGGCCUGCCAAAACCAUGCGGCAAACCCAG